GUUGGACCAAAUUCAUUCAUUGGCAUAGACAAUAUUCAUUUAGAGGGCUUAUAUUGUGACAUCGGAUACAGCCUCAAUAGAUCUGAGGUAGACGAUUACUGUAAUACUUCACGCACCGAAUUCCCAUCAUGUCAACUAGUUGAUUGUGGACAGAUUACCGCGCCAAAGAAUGGCAAUAUAUCUGCCCACAGCACAACAUACGGAUCAAAAGCAACAUUUCAGUGCCAAGCAGGUUAUAUUCUCAACGGAAGCAGCACGUCAAUAUGUAGAAGUGACGGCAAAUGGCACCUCACGGGUCAAUCAUGUGAACCAAUUGACUGUGGACGGUUGUUUGUACUACAAAAUGGUAACGUCGCAGCUACAAACACUACCCUAGGAUCUACAGCGAAAAUCACAUGUGACAUAGGAUACAUUCUCAGAGGCAGCACUACGUCUACGUGUGACGUAAAUGGGCGUUGGAGCAGUCAAAGUCAAAGCUGCACUCCCGUUGAUUGUGGACGUUUCCCCGCACCAAACAAUGGCAACGUAUCUGCCAACAGCACAACAUACGGAUCAGUAGCAACAGUCCGGUGCCAAGCAGGUUACAUUCACAACGGAAGUAUCACGUCUAUAUGUAGAAGUGACGGCAAAUGGAACCUCACGGGCCAAUCCUGUAAACCAGUUGAUUGUGGACAUUUCACCGUGCCAACGAAUGGCAACGUAUCUGCCAACACCACCUCAUACGGAUCAAUAGCAACAGUUCGGUGCCAAGCAGGUUACAUUCUCAACGGAAGUAGCACGUCUAUGUGUGAAAGUGACGGCAAAUGGAACUUCACGGGCCAAACAUGUGAACCAGUCGCCUGCGAUCUUCUAAACAUUAGUAACGGGCACAUAAUUAUUGACAAAAACACAGCCUUCUUUCGCUGCAACAAAGGGUAUCGCCUGGUAGGAAAUUCCAGUGCAACAUGUACGCAAAAGACGUGGAGCUCCGAAGCGCCGAGUUGUGAAUUGAUAGACUGUGGUACACCGAUAGCGCCAUCAAAUGGUCAUGUCGCCUCAAAUUCCACGUUAUAUGGGUCUGUGUCAACAGUCAGCUGCAACAUUGGGUAUUUUGUAAAAGGAAAUUAUACGGGAGUUUGUGGCAACAAUCGGGGAUGGACAAACGAAAAUACAACUUGUUUGUCAAUUGAUUCUACAAUGUUAAGUGCGGUAAUUCCCGGAUGUUCAAAUCACGGUUGGAACAUCGCUGUCAAUCUUACAUUUCUGCGUAGUUCAAUGCCGAACUACAAGAACGAAAUGCAAAUUUACUUAGGAAAUGCAACAUGUAAAGGCAGUGAACGACGUGGGUUUCUUGUAUAUGACAAGAACUUCUACGAAUGUAUGACGCGAAAAAAGGUAUCAGCUAAUCUCAACAUAUUUGAGAACCAGAUGGUGUUUAUAUUUGACCCUGAGACCAGUGCCGCAUCUAAUGCAUUCAACUCGACAAUUAACCUACAUUGUAAUGUAGUCGAUAAGAAUAUCGUAACUACCGUCUCAACUAACCAAUUGCACUGCGAUCCGAACAGCAUAAGCAUCUCAGUCUUCAUUGACCCAUUUUUCCGAAUGGCAUUACCUAGUAACCCCCUUCAUGCGCAUAUAGGCGACACAGUGUAUGUGAAGGUUUCCAGUCCUAUCCGUGAUCCGGAGAUCAAACUGCUGCUUAAAUCUUGCUACAUCAGACCUGCGCUGGAAAAGGAUUCGCGGCUUGAUAGCGCACUGAUUCAAAAUGGUUGCGAGGUAGAGAGCAGCAUACACAUGAUUUCAAUUUCGGCCCACGAGAUCCAUUUCAUGUUUCAGAACUACGCGCCCGUUGCCCUUCGUGAAGGAAUGAACGUCAUAUGUGAUGUAGCCUACUGUAACUCGCAAGAACUCACCCUGGACUGUAAUCAAACCUGUAACAGAAUGUUAGCGCCUGUUAUAGUCGGAUAAGCGCUGUCACUAUAGUUGUGUUAGUAUAUUUACAAUAGGGCAUGCCUCGUUACAUCAAUAGACUAGACUUUAAAGCCGUUUUAAGUAAAAUGUUUGAAUUUGUUUCUAGUCAAAACUUCUUCUUGAACGAUGUUAAAUACAUUUAUGAAAACAGUUAUCACGCAAACAAAUAUUAAUAGCAUCAUGUUCAAACCAUAUUGUACAAUAACAUUUGAUGAGUAUGUCUAGAUAACAUGUGAACAUGUUGAUGAUAUUUAUAUUUCACUGCCAAUAAUCAAUAAUUUUGGAAUUUUGGGCGUCACUAUUUAACAAUGAGGACGUUAGCAAAGGUUUUUAUAGGGCCUCGCAUAUUGUCAAGGAAUACUUGUUGAAUAGCCCAUAUCAAAAAUGAUAAUCACUAGUAAUAAAACGUAAUGAUGUGAUCGAAAUGUAUGUGACUGAAAAACAAACUAUAUUCACUGAUGCUGCAAAUAGGUUCGGGACUUCUUUUGUUCUGAGUAUAUGUACUUGCUUAUUGCUUCCGUUGCAUAUUUAUAUAUCAGCGAGUAUCUUGUUACACAAUGUAUCAUUUCGAAUUUGCA